AAAAAAUACAUUAGAUUUGAUAUGUCAAGCUGACUCCGGCCGGUGAAACUGUAAUUUCAUUUUAAUUUGAAACUAACAAAUAAAACUUUAAUCUUAACUUUCUAGAUUCUAAAAUAGUUGCUGUUGCUAUUACAUUUUGUUAUAAACUUUAUAAAUUGUUAAAAUGGAUGACAAUAAUCCGGAAAUUUCGUUAAUAAUUGACGAUCAAGUGUUUAAAGCAAAAAGGAAUGAUUUGAUAGAACAUAGUGAUUUUUUCCGGGCUAUGUUUACCGGAAACUAUGUAGAAAGGGAGCGGAAACAAAUAUUUAUCGAGGUGGUAGACGCUGCUUCCAUGACUAUCAUAUUGAGAUACAUAAACAUAGGUUUAAUAGAUUUAUCAGAAUUUGAUUUAUCAACCAUAGGAGACUUGGCAGUCGCUGCAGGUUUCCUACAAAUAACAGAACUGACGAAACAAAUAGAAUAUUGUUUGGAACAACAACUAACAUUGGCGAACUGGUUGGAAGUUAAAGAAGUAGCAUGUAACGCUGCUCUAGUCAAACUGGAGCAAAGCACCGUUGUAUUUGGACUCUUCUCAUUCAGUAAAAUGGAGACUGAGAAUAUUCAAUCAUUAGAUAAAUUAUACUGGUACUUAGCACAUCCGUACUUGAACCUAGAGUCAGAACUACAAGUAUUUAAGUUUGGUUUAAAGUGGUUACGGGAACACGAAAUGGGUGCCAACACACUUUUAGUAGUAAUCUGUUGCUUAGACCUAAAAAGAAUAUCAAUCGAAGAAAUUAUAGAAAUAAGAGACUUAAUAACUGACUUUGCUAAUAGUUUAGCGGAAAGAGUAAUAGAAUGUAUAUAUAAAUUGUUAUUAGAAUACGAUUUGUCUCUAGACACUAUAAAGGAGAAGAAGGAAGAGCUAUGUCUAUUGUAUACUGAAAAAGUUUAUACAGAAGUACUUAAUUUAGUAAAAGAAAGUGUUGAACGUAAGCUAAAGUUUACACCGGCGGUGCCAAUGUGGUCUAAUAAGGACAAAAAACCAGAAGUAUCGCAGAAUUACUUAUUUACAUACACAGAAGAUGCUGGUUUCGAAAGGUGGAUGGAGGUUGCUGAACGCAACCUUUGGGGUUGGAAUAUUACGGCUUGGACUCCCACCCAGAUUGUGGUGGUAUGCGGUGAAUACGGAAGAGGUUCUGGGAUUUUUAUGAAAGCUGUGAAAAUUUAUGAUGUUUUUAAAAAGGAGUGGACACAACACGGAGUACAGCUACCAGCGAGGAGACACGCUGGCGUUGUGGUCGUGGAUGAUUCACUUUAUCUGCUAGGAGGUGUCGGUGCGUUUAGGGUAGUUCUAGACUCGGCAGUAGUGUAUAACUUAAAAGGGAGGACAUUUCGAUCAAUAGCGAAGUUACCUGACGCAGUGCAGGCGCCUGCCGUCUGCGUCCACAAUGACGAGGUAUACGUCACAGGACACAGAAACAUUUAUAAAUACGAAGAAAUUGGCCAGACGGACCGUUGGACAAAGGUCCUUGAGAUGGACAUCACGCCAGGUUACCUAGUGUCCUUUAAAGGGUAUAUUUAUGUCGCCCAAUGCUACUUCCCGAGCCUGUUGAGGUUCAAACCUGGAGUAGACGACUCCUUGCAGCAGAUCGCUAGCUUCUGUCAUCCUCCUAGAGCUAUUUGUAACUUAGGAUACCGCCUGAUAGCCGUCACAUGUUCAGGAGACACAUCAACAGAUGUAUUAUGCGUAGAAGAACUACACAUUGUGGGUGACGGUCACUAUAACCAGAAUACCGACCUCCUAUGGUCGCAAACUGGGUCGGUGUUUGGAGUCAACCCGUCAGGAUCAUGUGCGGUGGUCAUGACAAUGCCUGAAAUUAAUCCUAAUGUAUCUCCGUAUCACCAACGGUAUAUUGUAAUGUAUGGAUAGUAUACUUACGUGUUGUAUUUAAAAUCAAUCAUAAAUGAGGAUGGAUAAGGUUCAAAAUCUUUUGUACUUUUUAUAGCGAUAAGAUUGAGUUUUGCUCGGAAAAAUUAAUAAGUACUGAUCAUUUUUUCAAACUCGUGUUGUUAUAGACCAUGAACUCAAGUGUAGUAAAGUUCAAAAUGUCUUGUAUUUUUUAUAACUAUAGUAUCGGGUUUUGCUAAGCAAAAUAGUUGGAUAUUUUGAUAUAAUUUGUACUCUUAGAGAUUAUUUUUAAUUUGUAAUCAUUUUUGGUCGGCUUGACCGUCUGAGGUGGGCUUUAAGCGCAAAGUUCUUUAAAUUUAUUUUUAUUAUUUUUUUUUAUAUUUGUAAGAUAUAAAUGUGCGACAGACGUCUAGUCUAAUUUAUUAUCUAUUUUAUUUAUUGAUGUUAUUGAUAAUAUCAAUUUUCAAAAUAUCAAUUGAACAUUAUUUCAUAUAAUAUUAUGUUGUCUGUUUUCUCGCAUUUUUAUGUGCUCAUUUUCUUUUAAAACCUAAUUGCCAAUCUUUUUUCUCAAUCGUGCAAUUCUUUCAUUACCUUUAUAAUUAUUUAAAAAUCUUGAUUUUUAACUAUAUUUUUUAUAUAUUGUAAAUGGGGAUCAUUAAUACGCAAAAAUAAACUCAAAACUGUUAUUAAUUUACAUUUAUUACGGUCAUUCAUUUACAAACAUACUCAAAAAUUAUUAAUUAAAAUAGUACAUUACAAUUUGUACAAGAAAUCCACAAUGAAUGUCAAAAUAAUGUUAAUACUCAUAAUUAUUCUAAGAACCGUACCUAGAUAAUAAUAAUAAUUAAAAAAAAAACAAAAUGACGGCAUUAUAUGCGAUCUCAAUAAGACUAGUAGUCAAUAAUAAAAUAAUCUUUGCAAUUAAUAGGUAUACAACAUGAAGCCAAAAAGAUUUUAUACUAAAAUUAUUUUUGUCACUGGUAUAAAAUAACUUAUUGUUAAUUGGUAACACUUAAAUAUUGAAAUCGUACAAA